AAAACCCAAUAGAAUUGAUAAAACGUUGGCUUAAUUUAACAUCGAGAUCGGUAUACACUCGGAUGUUGUGAUCGUAGAGGAAGUGUUAUUCGCUUUAACUCAAGGAAGUAAGAAACAGUCGGUAGAAGCCAUCAUGCCAAAAAGAAAGAUGAAUUUGUAUCAUUUAUUACUGAAUAAACGUGCAUGGUAUGAAAAUCACCAUUUGUCAAAGAGGAGAAGAAUGGAAGGUGUUCAUGAAGUCAAAAAACUACCGCCGAAAGUAGAACCAAUGCGAUGUAGAUAUUCUUCCCUUCCCUCGCCAGCAAAUUACGAUUUUAACCCGCCUAGUCUGCAGAAGAACGCCAUUAGUGCAUUCAUGGAUUACGGCCAGAGGAUUGGCAAAGAGCCAAAACUCGACUGUCAGGCAGUCUGUUUUUGGUCUGAAAAUCCAAAAUUCGUAGCUACCGCACAAUUUGGAGACGGACCCGUUAUUCAGGCGGAAGGUUCGAACAAGAAAGAGGCCAGGACCAAGGCAGCAGACAUAGCUCUAAGAAAGGUGUACAAAUAUACCGGCGUUCAGGCUUCUCAAGGUACUGGAAUGUCCUUGGCCAUCCCAGAUAAGGACCCAGUGAGCGCUCUCAUGGGGCUUGGGCAGUCUUUAGGACUCAAUGCAAGGAUCGAGCAAGCUUCACAAACUGGACCGUCGCACUGUCCCACAUUUCGUUUGUUUGCUAAACUUGGAGAUCGAGAGUUCCGGAUGAUUAAACACGGAAACAAAAAGGAGGGUCGCAAAAAGGCUGCAAACAUAGCACUCCUACAGCUCCAGUGUGAAGGAGAAAUACCCAAACCAAAACUACGGAGUAUUGACAGCAUAAACUGCAGCUCAAGAAGUGCCAACUUCAUUGAUAUAUGCCCACCUGGAAAAAAUCCACUUCAAAUGUUUUACGAAUAUGCGCAGUCACAGCACUUAACAUGUGACGUCAUUGAAACGUCAUCACGCAUAGGCCCGCCCCAUGAUUUAACAUUCUAUAUGGCGGCCCGUCUGAGUGAACAUCAAUUUGAUAUUGUCACUGGGAAAAGUUUAAAUGAGACUAAAAAUCGUGCUACAGCAGAAGCUCUGCGACAGUUAAAGAAACAGGGAUUAUAUACACAGACUCAGAAAGCAACUGAAGCGAUACAUGUACCGCUCUCAAUACGAACAUUCGGUGAUAGGGUAGCCAUGAAGACAUUGGCGAAAUUCAGGAGCUUGGUAGCUUCCGUUAGCGAGGACUUGUCUGGGCGGAAGGUUAUUGCCGCCAUCUUGUUGCACGAUGAUAUUGAGGAUCAGCUCUCGGUCGUCAGUUUAGGGACAGGAAACUGCUUCGUCACGGGCGAUAACCUUUGUGAUGAGGGGAAUGUAAUUCACGACUCUCACGCUGAAAUCAUCGCUAAAAGGGGAUUUCAAAGGUACUUGUUGAAAGAAAUCUAUCGUUUAAGAGACAGAAGAAUAUUUAAACAGACGUUAUUCGGGACUCUGAAGGUUAUGUCUCACCUGUCUUUUCACCUCUAUAUCUCCACGGCCCCGUGUGGUGAUGGGGCAAUCUUUACACAUGCGGAUCCUCACCACACUGACGGAGAUCACGAACCAGUAUUCAGAAAACGGCAGCACGGUCUUCUCAGAACCAAAGUGGAGAAAGGUGAGGGGACGAUACCUACAGACGACACCCCCCAGACACUGGACGGAAUCCGCCGCGGACAGCGCCUGCGCACUAUGUCGUGUAGUGACAAGAUCUGUCGCUGGAACGUUCUGGGAAUACAGGGGGCGCUUCUGUCUCUAUUCCUGGUGGAACCGAUUUAUCUUUCUUCCAUCACACUUGGUAUGUUAUUCAAUGACGGGCACAUGUCACGUGCAAUGUGUUGCCGCGUAGAUCGUGACGACCAGCCUCUGACCGGUCUACCCCCGGGAUACAGGGCCCAGCACCCAAAACUUGGCUGUGUUACCCGGGUUACCGACACUCGUUCUGUGGACAGAUCCAGCCCACUCAGCGUCAACUGGAACAUGGCGGAUAACAGUGUAGAAGUGACGGAUGCGACACGCGGGAUGACGACACGAAAUACCGCGUCCCGACUCUGCAAAAGAUCCUUAUUUCUAUCCUUCUCUCGGAUUAACUGUUGGAAAGACAUCGGACAAUCGACCUAUCGAGAGACAAAGGACUCAGCCACGAAAUACGGUGCCGCGAAAGAAGUGUUCGAAUCGGCGAUGUAUAAAAAUGGGUACGGUCAGUGGGUCAGGAAACCCCCGGAAGUAGAUUUGUUCUAUUUAUAAACAUGUAACAUCCCAUACGUACAUGUACGCAAAAACUUUUGUCGGAUUGGUUAUAGGGCAAGUGGAAAAAGUCAUAUCAUUACAAAUUGACAUUGAACUGGACAGCUGAGCAGCACGAUACAUGGCAGUCCAGCAAUUGCCAGCAAACAAUGAGGCGACUACCGGAGCUUCAAUACUUUUACUCUGCAAUUAAAAAAUCAAACACUCGCAUACCAUUUAUAGUUUAAUAUUUAAAAUAUUGAUAUAUUUCGAUGAUAACAGACAAACAUACAUAUGUACAUGAAACAUAGCGAUUUAACAUGAGCUUAUACUUGUAGUAUAAACUUGAGGAUCAUACUGUAGUUUAUCAUUCAAAUUCAUUACAUUUUAUAUUUUAAAAUAAGGUAAGCAUGUUGUCUACUUACAGGAGAUCAGUUGUACAAGAACAUAUUUAAAACUUAUAAAUACAUCACAUCAUCUUCUAACAAAAUGGUUAGUUUUCACACAUGUGUAUUUUGCAAAUUUAUAUUUCUCAGAAAUAAAAAUCACAUGUUAA